AUGGCGAUGGAAAUAGCAACAUCGGCUCCUGCACCGAUCACAUCCCCAGAGAUAAACAUCAUCCUCUCGCCAGCAAAGACGAAGACUCACAAGAAGAACAUGAUUCAAGUCUCCAACACGAAGAAACCAUUGUUCUUCGACGUUAAUCUCGCCAAGGAUGAGGCCAAAGGAAAGAUGGUUCAGAAAGCAAAGGCAAGUUUCACUACUUUAGCAUCAUCCUCCCCUUUGUGUAACAUUUUGAGGAAAUCAGACAAGUUUGACUCUUUGGUGCCACCUGUGACCAAUGGCAAGACUCCUUAG